AUGUGGUUUUUACAUGGGGAUUUUCUUCGGAUGGUCAAUGAGAGUUGGACUUUGACUGUUCAUGGUUCUCCUGAUUUUAUUUUCCCUUAUAAAUUGAAGCGGCUGAAGAUUGCAAUGAAGGAUUGGAAUCUGAGGAUUUUUGGUAAUGUGAAUUCUCGUUUGAAGCAAGACCAACUUCGUUUUGAGACAACAACUCUUAUUUCAGAUGAGGAUCCUAGUAAUAUUGCUAAACUAAAUGCAAUGAAGGAUGCUAUGAAAACUUUAUGUGAUACUCGUUUGCAACAGUUAACUAUGCUCAAGCAAAAGUCUAGGAACAAAUGGUUGGUGGAGGGUUCAAGUAAUUCCAAUUUCUUUCAUAAUAGUAUUAGAAUUAGAAAAAGUUCUAAUACUAUUUCGGAACUUGUUGAUAUAAAUGGAACUUGUUUGAAAAAUUAUGAGCAGCUUCGUAAUCAUGUAGUUCAGUUCUAUGAAGAUAAGUUCAAUGGCCAAGAUCCGGUGAUAGAAGGUGAUUUAUUUGAUUUUGAGCAUGCUUCAAUUUCUGUUGAGGAGAGCAACGCCAUGGAUAUGAUUCCUUCCCCAGAAGAAAUUAAGCAAGUUGUUUUUGAUCUGAGUGCGGAUAGUGCCCCAGGGCCGGAUGGUUUCUCUGGUUGUUUCUAUCGUCAUUGUUGGGAUAUUAUUCAUGAUGAUUUAACCAAGGCCAUUAUUCAUUGUUGGAAUGCGGGUAGUAUUCCAAAUGGUGUUAAUCAUCUUUUAUCAUCUUGCUGGCUAAGGUAA